CAGAAAAAGAAUUUGGCAACACCCAUUCAUUUAAUAAUGUUCUGCUGCUGGCCCGUGUUGUGUACAUUGAUUGGGAUAAGUUGAUGACAGUUAUUUUUUAUUAAAUUCCAUAAUUCAACAUUUAAUAGUAAUUUUUUAAACUGUCGGAUAGUAAUUUUAACGAUAAGCGCAUGCGCCUAUUGAUAUUAAUUACAAAUAUUUAUUUAUUCCUUUAUUAUUCGUUUUGGCCAAUAAACUGAACAAAUUGCUUCAUGGCUGCCCAACAAUCAGCACUAUUACUUCGUAAACAACUGAAUGAGUUGAAGAAAAAUCCUGUUGAAGGUUUUUCUGCUGGUUUAAUUGAUGAUAAUGACAUUUAUAAGUGGGAAGUUCUCAUUAUUGGCCCUCCUGAUACUUUAUAUGAAGGGGGCUUUUUCAAAGCUCACUUGUACUUCCCAAAAGAAUAUCCUCUUCGACCUCCAAAAAUGAAAUUCAUUACAGAGAUUUGGCAUCCUAACAUUGAUAAAACUGGUGAUGUUUGCAUAUCUAUAUUACAUGAGCCAGGUGAUGACAAAUUUGGCUAUGAAAAAGCAUCUGAACGGUGGUUGCCCGUUCACACUGUGGAGACCAUACUCAUUUCGGUUAUUUCCAUGCUGGCUGAUCCUAAUGAUGAAUCUCCUGCCAAUGUGGAUGCUGCUAAAGAAUGGCGUGAAAACUAUACAGAGUUCAAAAGGAAAGUUGCUCGAUGUGUUAGAAAAAGUCAAGAAGAUUGUUAGGGAAAACUUUUUUAGCAAACAAAAAAAAAAAAAAUGGGUCUGGAAGAUCCAACUCCAAAAGGCUGCACUCAACUGCUCAUAAUUCUCCUGCUAGUGAACAAACUUUGACUUUACAUGAGAGACUGUGAUUUCUUUUCACUAAUGCAGGAAUAUUUGGAGCACUACUUCCAUUUAGUAUUAAUUUUCCUCUUCAUUCAUAACAAUGGGAGAGUUUCUUUUCUUAAUUUGCUCUUAAAAAAAUAAUUACUUUGCACCUCUGUUACACCCUCAACUGCCAUUAUUUUCUCCUUAAUACAGCCCCCCUUUAAGGAGAGGGCUCUCUAUGCAUCUCCUUGACUCAAGUGAGAAUCUUAAAGAAGUAAAUAGUUUUUUCUGUUUCUCUCUCUCCUUCAAGAAGCUGUGAAAUCUUUUUCCAUAUUUGUACAGUACUGAAACAGACAGAAAAAUGUUUAUACAGUUACAGUACCAAUUGACAUUGUGUAUUUUUUAUAGCUACUAUUUCAGAAGAAAUCCUUAAAAAAAGCUGAUGUUAAUACAAGACAACACUUAUAUAUAAGAAAGUACUUGUUGUUUUCUUGAAGAAGUCACUACAAUGAAUAUCUUUACAAAUUUUAAGAAAAGCAUUUCUUCUGUUCUGAGUGUUUAUAUUUUCUAAUAUUUAUAAUCAGCAGUGAUUUAAACUUUGUGGUGCAAAAGACAAUCUAUACCUCAACGCAAGCAGCCAAAGAAGUUUUUUCAUUUUUUCAGUUGUGUGAUAAUUUUUUUUUUAAUUGUGUUUCUCUUAAUAGAACUACUUUUGUUUUGUAAAUGUCAAGUAUAAAUAUAUGCAAUUGGUACAAAAUGUGUUUUAUGUCUUCUUUUUUUUUUUAAUUAUUUAUAAUUUUAAUGUGUGUUUGCAUCUUUUUUAUAAGUUCCCAUGGGCAAUAUACAUUUGAUGUAUUAUAGUAUUCAAUUUUUUGCACUUUAUAACCUAUUUUCAAUCUCGAAUAAAUAUAUCAAUAAAAGUU